CAUUGAGCUAGAUGUAAACUACGUUGAGCUAGAUGUAUUUGACAGCGUUUACUGUGUACGUUUUUGCUGUUGGACUUGAAGGUCUCCAUGUACACGGUCCCUCGGGUCCGGUUGUGGCCCAGCUGGGAGGUUCGGUUCUCCUGCCAUGCUUUGUUGAAAGCCCACUGCCUCUGGAAGGUCUGCAGGUGGAAUGGAGAAAGACAAAUUCCGAUUCUCUAGUCGGUCUCUUCCAACAAGGAAAAAGUCGACCAGAUCUCCAGAGUCAGGGGUUUAGAGGCAGAGUGGACUUUUUUGCACAUGAACUCACAAAAGGGAACUUCUCCAUCUUACUCAAAAAUGUGGUUGAAGAAGACGCUGGAGGUUACAGAUGUAAAGUAAAUACAGCCCAAGACUCCAGUGAGGUCAUAAUGGAAGUUAGUAAUAUCAGGGGUCUUGUGGUGACUGAGGCAGACCGAAACAUCUUUGCCUCUAGGGGUGAGGAUGUCAUACUGAACUGUUCUGUAGAUUCACGUGUACCAGCCAGCGAGAUCGAAGAAGUGACCUGGAAGAGGACAGACAGAGACCCAGAGAUCCUCGUCCUAUUAUAUCAAGACAGUGGGAUUUUCCCAGACUCCUCACAUGAGAGUUAUCAGGGGAGAGUUGAUUUCUUUUCUUCUGAAAUCCCGAAUGGAAACUUCUCUUUAAAACUGAUGGAUGUAAAGAUGGAAGAUAAAGGAGAAUUCACAUGUGAGGUCCACACCAGGAACCUGUCAGGACGAACCACUGUGGUUCUUCAAGGUGUAGGUUUUGCUGCAUUCCAUAUAGCGAUAUUGGUGUUGUGUUCUGUUGCAAUGUUAAUUGCAGUGGGAUUUUGUGGACCUGUUUGUAUCCUGCUAAGAAAGAAAGUUGCUAGCAAAGAGGGCAUGAAAAGGCACAUUUUUCUGAUCCUCUGUCCAAACAUCUGCAUGUUUUUGAGUUUCUGCUUGUGGUCAUCAGAAGGGUUUCUCACUGAGAUCAUCACUUGUUCAACUGUCAGUAUCAUGAGGCCUGUCAUAUUGUUAAAAACCUCUUCUUAUCUCAGCACGUUACCACAGUGCUUACAAAAAACAGUGAAGGCUUUGGCUGUUCCGUUUUACCAUUCAGCUAUUUCGUUGACUGGAUUUUCAAUUUUCUUUGAAAAUUUUGCCAGGAAUUAUGAAAUCUAUGGGCUUCCUUUAACAGUAUUGGCAAUCAUAGUAGUGGUGACUGUCAUCAGUUCAGAAAUAUUAGCUAUCUACAGUUUCCAAAUAUAUCUGACUUUGUGCCUAGAAAUAUUCAACAUUGCACUGCUUGGAUUUGUUCUCAGCAACAUUAUAGCACCCUUAAAGUACAACUAUGAGAUACCUUCUGUUUUAGCACCUCUGCUCAUGGGGAUGAUGGUGGCCCUCGUUCUACAAAGGCACUUUUUUCAAGGGAAACCUUUUGGACGUGUACAUCUUGCUCUAUCAUCUGUUAUUGUGAUGAUUUAUAGCCUCGGUAUAAUAUGUUUCUACAUUGCUCUUGCUAUUAUGAUAAAGGAUUAUGCAACCAGGGGUAAGUAUCUAAUGUAUUAUAUAAGUAAAUAAAAAAGUUAUUUUGGCUGUCUAGGACAUUAGUAAGUUAGUAAUGUAGUAUCUAUACACUAAGUCUCUCUAUAAUCAGAAGAGAUGUUAGCAGAUGUUAUGACUAAACCAGUGUCAAAAUUAAAUC